ACAGGAAUUCCCUUUGAUGGGGGGCUGCGCUGCCUGUGCUGGAAGAUACUCCUGAACUACCUCCCUUUAGAGAAAGCCUUAUGGAGCUCUUUGCUGAAGAAACAGAGGGAUCUGUAUUCCCAGUUCCUAAAGGAAAUGAUUAUCCAGCCUGGCAUUGCCAAAGCCAACCUGGGUGUUUCAAGGGAAGAUGUGACCUUAGAAGAUCACCCCCUCAAUCCAAAUCCAGACAGUCGAUGGAACACUUACUUCAAGGACAACGAAGUGCUUCUCCAGAUAGACAAAGAUGUCAGGAGGCUGUACCCUGACAUGGCAUUCUUCCAGCGCCCAACAGACUACCCUUGCCUUCUAAUCCUGGACCCCCAAAAUGAGUUUGAGACGCUGCGCAAGCGGGUGGAGCAGACCACACUCAAGUCACAGACGGUGGCGCGAAACCGCAGCGGGGUUACAAAUGUGAGCUCCCCUCUCAAAACAACUCCUAAUUCUCUGAGCGAGUACGAAGUCCUGCCCAACGGCUGUGAAGCCCACUGGGAAGUGGUGGAGCGAAUCCUGUUCAUUUAUGCUAAGCUGAACCCUGGGAUAGCAUACGUUCAGGGGAUGAAUGAAAUCGUGGGGCCUCUUUACUACACCUUUGCUACAGAUCCCAACAGUGAAUGGAAAGAACAUGCUGAAGCAGACACAUUUUUCUGCUUUACCAAUCUAAUGGCUGAAAUUCGAGACAACUUCAUUAAGAGCCUGGAUGAUUCCCAGUGUGGUAUCACCUACAAAAUGGAGAAGGUCUACUCCACCCUGAAGGAAAAAGAUGUGGAGCUGUAUUUGAAACUGCAAGAACAGAACAUCAAACCUCAGUUCUUUGCCUUCCGCUGGCUGACGCUGCUCUUGUCCCAAGAGUUCCUGCUGCCGGACGUCAUCCGUAUCUGGGACUCCCUCUUUGCUGAUGAUAAUCGCUUUGAUUUUCUUCUGCUCGUCUGUUGUGCCAUGUUGACACUAAUUCGGGAUCAGUUGCUGGAAGGAGACUUCACUCUGAACAUGAGGCUGCUGCAGGAUUAUCCUAUCUCUGAUGUUCAUCUGAUUUUGAAGAAGGCAAAGGAACUUCAAGAUUCAAAAUAGUCCAUGAGCCUAACAAAAGGUGUCAGAGAAACUGUAUGGCAGUGGAUCCCAGGAGAUGCCCCCAUGCAGUGUGGUGCAUUAAAGCUCCUAGUGGUCUCUGCAGGACUUCAGGUUUUGUGUUUUGCCUACUGGCCACCUUGAAAACUUCCUUCUACUCUGUUUAUUAGAUCAAGGACUGAUUACUUCCCCAUCUACUUGGGUC